AAGCUUAACAAGCAUGAGUCACUUGAAUUGGCAUGCCCUGUUCUUGCCCAGGGCCGUAAGCAACUGCUUGAGAAAUGGCUCAAAGAGAACAAGCUUGAAUGCACAGAAGAACUUGGCGACAUUGUUCGCUUACACAACAUGACCCUCGCUCUCUCGGUAUAUCUUUGCGCCAACGUCCCCAAUAAGGUUGUCGCAUGCUUUGCCAAGAUGGGCCAAUUCGACAAGAUUCUAUUGUACACAAAGAAAGUCGGCUACCACCCUGAUUAUGUGGCGCUUCUUCAGCAC